GUGUGCGCUGUCUGCUCUCUGUCUCGGAGAGGUGUGUAGGAUUAGCUGGAUUUUACUGAAGAAAGAAAGAAAAAGAAAGAAAGAAAAAGAAUAAGAAAUUGCAGCACAUAGUUUGAGGAUUUUACUGAAGAUGUUAAAAGUAUUUUAAGGAGGCUUCCUUAAGGACAUGCUGGACAUGUAUGGAAACAAACAGACGAUGUCACUGACUGCUGAUGGUGGACACAGUGCUUUUUAAGGACUCACAGUUACAGGAUUUUGAAACUUCUGCUUUGUUUGAGACUUUUUUCCCUGAUUUAAAGUGACUUUUUCAGACGAAUCUGUGCAUCUCCCACAUAUGUUCCUAAAGACAAUUGCUCUCCUGAGACGUGGAUAUGUGUGAACAUUUGUUAAGCUGACUUUAAAAAUAUAUCUCAUCUCAAAUAAAAUUAAAUAUGCAUUGCUUUUCUAUAAACAGUUUAACCGUUUUUGCCACAAAUUCACAUUUCUAGCUUGUUGAUGCUCCUGUUUAUUUGCCAGUGAAUGUGUCAUAACUGUGAGUGGAGAGCCAGCUGAUGACAUGAACUGAUGAAUAUUUAGCUAAUCCUCUGUGGAUACAACUAUUUUUCACAUUUAUUUUUGCCCUCAUCUAAAUCAUAAUCCAGGGGAAACAAAUCUCACCUGCUCACCUGAAGCUGCUUUUAAUCUAAAGAGAAAAGAGAGAUGGCACAGAAAGACGGCGGAACGGAGCAGGGGCGUGUCAAAACAGAUGAUAAUCUGGGGGCUAAAGCCAUGUCCGGGGGCCCUACAGCAGGUGGAGGAGUGGUGGUGGAGGUCAGGGAGAAGAAAGGCCCCCUGAGAGCUGCAAUUCCCACAAUGCCUUUCCCUUUGGCGGUCAUCUGUCUCUUUCUGAAUACCUUCAUACCUGGACUUGGCACCUUCAUCUCAGCGUUCACAGUGCUGUGCGGCGCUCGCAGUGAGCUGAUCUCAGAGCGAGGUGUUUGCUGUGUAUUCUGGCUCAACGUAGCAGCAGCCCUGAUCCAGAUCCUCACAGCUGUUAUCAUGGUCGGAUGGAUCAUGAGCAUCUUCUGGGGAAUGGACAUGGUCAUCCUGGCAAUUUCCGAUGGCUGCAGAGACCAGGGCGUUCCUCAGGAUGUGUGAGGGAAGCCGCUCUCAUGCUAGCUGAUGGGUCGCACGGACAGCUUGACCUCUUGACCUCCCCAAAGGUGACUUUUUCAUUAGUAAUGACCUUGAGCUGACACCGCGUAGAGGCGGAGACGUGGUGAAUGGAUUCAUUAAUGAACAGUGAAGCGAGAGGCUGCUCUUCAUGGAAAUCUUUAAUCGCUGGCUGCUGAUUGGUCACAUUUACGUUUCCCAAAAAUUAUACUUAGCAUUUACAGCCACAAGAAAUAUAAGGGAUAAUAAUGAUAAUAAUAAUAAAUAAAAACUAUAUGUGUUGACUUUGUUGAGUAAUUAUAAAAGUGGUGUUGGAUUUUUUUUUUUCAUUUUUCUUUGAUUUAAUUGCCAAAUAUGGAUAAAGGACAAUUUGUGAGCUGCUUGAUUGAGCUGCCACAGGACUUUUUAUCACGUUUUAAAUGUUGUUUCAGAGACUACCUUUAGCCUUAGCUUCUAGUGUAUUGUGGCCUUUCCCUUACAGUUUUGUUAUAAUAUUAAAUCGCCAGUCUUCUCCAUGUAAUGUCAGGAUAUACAGUAACAGCCACAGCACUGUAUGUCCAUCGAGCUUCAUACAAAACAAUCCCAAAACUCAACAUCUGAUAGUCACAGCACAUGAGCCCGGGCUGUGAAACGCACAUGUCUUCCUGUGGAGCAUGUCAUGGUUUAAAUACAACACCAUGCUACGCAAUAUUCACUCAACUCUGAGUAAAAACUCAUGACAAUGGAUAGAAAAUCUGCAACCAGGCGAUUAUCUUAUCCUUGCUAAUAAAGCUAAUAUGUUUUUUUGCUGGUCACAUGAUGCGCGUGAGCCUAAAAUAACCUGAGAAAAAAUGAGUUAAAAAUGACUCAUUCUUCCUGAUGAAUAUUUGAUUUGAGUUUUCAUACCUCUUAAAUGUGUAAAUCAGUGCCAAAGGGAUAUAGCACAUUAUUCCUGCACUGUAUCUAAUUAACAGUCUCAAAAUAUCAGCUCCCACUAUUAAUCACUCUGGAAGACACUCUGUCUGUCACAUUAUGAUGAAGAUAAAGUUACAGGCCCAUGUUCGAACAGCUAUUGUUUGUUUGUUGAUGAGAGUUGGUGGAAGCGCCAGCUCCUCCCAUUAGAAACUCUGAGCUCCCUUUUUGAAACAUUAAUCAGAUCAGAAACAUUUAAAGCUGAUUAAUUCACUGUUUCGUGUCACAUGCAGCCAAACGUAAGUGGCGCGUUUGUGUGAUGGAUAGUGUGCAAUAUUCAAGAGGGAGACUGAAGAAUGUGGUUCAGCUGUGUAAGUGGGGAGAAAUGUGCAUCACUCUGUAAGUUGCAGUGGAAUUGUUGAGCCAAACAAAGCCUUUCCCAUGAUACCCCAUCAGCUUUCUCAUGCACCACAUCAUUGCCCUAUUUCCCUUAAAAAAUACCCAAGAGUAUAACAAGUCAAAAAGGCUAUAAAAAUAAAGUAAAUGGCAAUGAAAAACAGUGUAAUAGAUCAAAAUUAUUAAGUGCGUUGGCAGGAAAUAAGUGCUUAGCUCAGCUGCAUUGUAAUAAAUCAGUCAAUCAGUAAAUAAAAUCAGGUUCAUUUAUACACUAUUUUUUUCCCUGACUACUAAGACUUUAAAUGCAGAUACCUUCGGGGAAGAACAUUAAUGACCGGCUAUUGUACAUUUUUUAAGUUAUAAUAGAGUGCUGUUUUUUCUUUGGCAAGAGCCAGGACUUAAGGGACUGCAAAUGCUUACGUUUAAAUCACCAUCAGCUAUUUUAUGCUUAGACCUGAUUCUUGUGGAUGUGAAGUUUGGUUUCUCAUGGAUGUGUGACUGAGAGCAGUGGUAGGGUUUAGCUGGGAGCGGGCCACCACAAUAAAGACUCUUAAAGCGAUGAAUCAGCCCGACAUUUGUCUCCAGUGUAGCUGUUAAAAGUAUUGACUGCAACAACAAUCACUUAACUGAGUGGUGCAAGGUCAGUGUUGCUUCAGGAUGUGUUUUACAAUAAUAGACUGCUUAUAGAGAUUACGAUAGAAAUGAUAAAACGACCUUACAAUAGCAAAUAAACAGCCGCAGUGUUACACCGUAAAGCUUAAUCACUCACUGGCCAUUUCAUUAGGUAUACCUCACAUGGCAGCAAGUCUGUCCAUUUAGGCAUGCAGACGUGAUCAAGAUGACCCACUGAAGAUCAAACCAAACAUCAUAAUGGGGAAGAAAGGUGAUUUAAGUCACUUUGAAUGUGAUGUGGUUAUUAAUGGUCUGAAAAAGAGAAAAUAUCUAGUGAGCAGCAGUUUAUCUGGAAGCAAAUGCCUUGUUCAUGCCAGAGGUCAGAGGAGAAUGACCAGAUUUCAAUGGCCAAAGUGAUAGGAAGGCAACAGUAACUCAAAUAACCAUCUCUGAAUGCACUACACCUUAAAGCACAUGGGCCACAGCAGCAGAAGACCACUGAGUGCCACUCCUGUCUGCUAUAAACAAGAAACGGAAACUAGAGUUCACACUGGCUCAUCAAAAUUGGACAUUAGGAGAUUGGAAAGAUGUUGCCUUGUCUGAUGAGUCUCAAUUUCAGCUGCAAAAUGCAGAUGGUAGGGUCAGAAUUUAGCAUAAACAACAUGAAAGCAUGAAUCCAUCCUGCCUUUUUUCAAAGAUUUAGGCUGCUGAGCCCCUGAGUACCAACUGAGCAUUGUUUAAACACCACAGCCUCCACAGUGGCCACAGUGUACCCAUCUUCUGAUGGCUACUUCCAUCAGGAUAACUCACAAAGCCGAGGUCAUCGAUUUUUGAACAUGACAGUGAGUUCAAAUGACCUCCACAGUCAUCGGAUCUCAAUCCGAUAGAAUGCCUUUGGGAUGUGAUGGAACAGGAGAUUCAGCCAACAAAUCCGCAGCAACCGUGUGAUGCUAUCAUGUCAACAUGGACCAAAAUCUCUGAGAAAUGUUUCCAGCAACUUGUUGCAUUUGUGCCACGAACAAUUAAGGCAGUUCUGAAGGCAAAAGUGGAUCCAACCCAUUACUAGCAAAGUGUACCUAAUGAAGUGGUUGUGACUACUGAUUAUAGUUUAAACAAUAGCAAAUCUCACCAACAGCACUUUAUCAUAUUUUAACAGUGGAAUUUGUUUGCUGCUGAAAAAACAGUAAAAGUGUUUUAAAUACAGGCACGCAAAUCAUUUCUUAUGACAUAUGAAGCUGAAAAGUGGACUCGUAAUAAUACAAAUUCAUUCAUUCAUGUGAUUUUUACCCCAUACUUUGUAAUGCUGAUAUAUCACUUUGAGUUUUUUUAAUGAUAUUAGUUAUUUUAGACAAAUGCCUUUUAGGAAGAUUUCUGUAUUUUAGUUGAGAACACCAAUAUUUUUAUGUUUUAAAUGUGCACAUGUUGUACAGUGUUAGUGUGUGAACAUAGAGGUAAUGAUAAUGAUGAUGAUGAUAAUGAUGUCUGUAAUGGUGAUGAUAUCUUAUGCCUUACAAUGGACUGAUGUUCUCCCACAUGUGUUUUUGUAUGUGUGGUGCUGGAGUUUCUUUUCAUAGAUCUAAAUCGGAAACGAUUUUGUCACAAUCCUUUUUUUUUGUUUCUUUAGUGUGUUUAAGGGGGAACAUUAAAUAGUUGUAAUGCUUUUUUUUUUUUUUAAAUUGUAGAACAGUAUUUUUUUUCUGCAUGAAUCUUUGGUGUCAAAUGACCACUUGCAUAAUUUAUGAUUGUGGCUUAUUUUUGUGGCUUUGCUGCAUCGGUAUUAAGCAGUUUGAGGCAAAUGAUACAAAAGUCUUGCAAUUAAAAGUCAUUUUAGUCCAAAUAUGGGAAACUUGUAACUGUAUGGUGCGUGCUUUGUUGAAUCAAUAUAUGCCUCAGUCAUUAACUACAAUGAUUUCUUGCACAUUUAUUAACUGCUUCCUACUAACCUAACAUAAAGACUUCUUGGUUAUUCACCCUCUAACUUAAAGGUGUUUCAUAUUUAGCAUAUUGCUCAAGGAGUCUCACCUGCAUUCAAGCUGGGUUAAUAGCUGCAGUCUCUGUUUUUCAUCUGGAAACCAUAAAGCAGCAUUUAUGCUUUACAUUUUUAUGUAAAUAAAUCAUUUGUGGAUG